AUGGCAGCUAGGUCGAUGGCGGACACGGCACGGCCAUGGCUGCUGCUUCUUGCAGCACUAGCCACGGUGGUAGCACACGUCGACAGUGCGCCCGUGGCCGCGCCAGCGCCGGCCGUGGACUGUAGCGACGCCCUGAUCAGCCUGGCGGGGUGCCUGAGCUACGUGCAGGAGGGGAGCACGGUGGCGACGCCCGAGAAGUCGUGUUGCUCGGGCCUCAAGGACGUGGUGAAGAAGGAGGUGGCCUGCCUGUGCCAGGCCUUCCAGGGUGGCCAGGACUACGGCGUCACCCUCAACAUGACCAAGGCCCUGCAGCUGCCCGGCGCCUGCAAGGUCAAGACGCCUCCAUUCAGCAAGUGCCACAUUUCCAUUCCGGGCGUGACCGGAGGGUCUCCAGCACCUGCACCUGCCCCGUCUUCCGGUGCUCCGUUCUUCGGGGACUCGCCGUCACCAUCCACGCCGUCGGCGGAAUCACCAGCCGAAGCCGGAACCGGAAGUGGCGACUCCACCACCGCUCGAGCUCCAUCGCCGUCGGCCUCCGCUUCGACCACCUUCCCCGCUUCAGCAAGUGUCCUCCUAGCCGCAGCGACUGUUGCCGCGGCUCUGCUCAUGUGA